AUGGUCUACACGAUCUACGAAGGCUUCGUCCUCCAAACAAAGCGAUCCCUAACCACCCUCUCAGACAUCCUCCACAAGGCCCAAGAACAGCCUAAUGCCUCAGACCUCCCAUCCGCCCGCCUCUACGCCGACAUGAAAUCUCUAAGCUACCAAAUAUUCGCCUCGACCACACAAACACUCAUGGUCCUGGCGAAAUUGAACAGCACACCGUUCCCCAACGAGGACUCGAGCAAAGAUUAUCUAUACACAUACGAAGAAAUGCACACUCGCAUUGACGAGGCCCUCAAGGCUCUCGACGCCACCGACAAGGAUUACAUCGUCGAGCACUGCGAGGAUGUCACGCCUGCCCCUCUCGGCCCCGAUCUGCAGCCCUUUUCGGGUGUCGCUUACGCUGGUAUUUUCCAAGCGAAUAUCUUCUUCCAUGUCACUACUGCUUAUGGGAUCUUGCGCAAGGAAGGUGUGCCGCUUGGAAAGAAGGAUUAUAUUCUGCCGUUUGUUAUGAUUCAGGAAUAG